AUGGACGUGUUAAUAAAGUGCAGUCGAACAACCGCGCUGCCGCGUGAAGAAAGGAGAAUGCAUAUUUUGGGAGACAUCCUUCAGCACCCAAACACAUUGCCUGAGUCGCAGUCGAGAAGACACCAUGGUGGUGCUGGUGCUGGUGCUGGUGAGAAGGCCAAAACACAGAUUCCUGUCUGCAGCGUUGGAGAGGAGAGAGCACUGCUCCUGGGCUUCACCAUGAUGGCCUUCUCCAUCCUCAUGUACUUCGUGGUGGGGAUCGUUGUGGUAAAGCCGUGUAUCCACAGCGACUGGGGAGACGCCACCAACUGCUCCCUGAUCCAGACUGAGUUUCUCAAUGAGUCUGAUGAACGAAGCACCGCUUAUCCGUGUCUGAAGGUCUUGGUGAAUGUCACAGCUGUGACUUCUGAAAAACCGUUGCAUCUGCGCUACGAUGAAGCCGCCGUGAACCUGAGCCCAGAGUGUUUCUACACCCCGAAAAACCACCAAAACAAAUCCGACGUGGUAGAAGAAGCUCAAAGAAUCAAAGAAGUCCUGGGUAAACUGCGAGGCCAGGCUAUCAGGUGCCAUCUAAGCGAAGGGCGCUACCCGGAGGACGCCAUCCUGACGAAGCGACACAACCUGCGCAUCGCGCUGCAGUGCCUGAUGUGGCCGAGCCUCAUGCUGUUUGGAGGAGCGAUGCUGGUCGGUCUGGUCAUGCUCACGCAAUAUCUUGCUUAUAUGUGUAAUGAAACCAUCCAAGAAGAAGACGAAGGAAUGGGGGACGGGCAGAGCACUUUGGGGCAGAACAAACAGUACAGGUUUCUGCCCUGCAGGCCCUGGAGUCCCAGUUUAGAAGGAGAAGAUUAA